GGAAAGCCUCCAAGAGUGUUUCAUUAACAAGGACCUUUGCAACCAGAAGGAGGCCCCAUCUCAGAGUCCCAGAGCUCUGCACAGGAGGGAAGCUGUCCUAAGAUAUUGACUGACACCACAGCAGAAACUCAGCAAGAGCUGUCAGAGGGGACAGCACCAACUACAACAUCAUGACAUCCCAACCUGUGCCUUCUGGCACAUUCAUGAUUUUAACCCCCAGUGGAAUCAGUAUCCCCCAGUUGGAACAGCCUGGACCUUCCUCUGCACCAAAUAGCAAUCUGAAGAAAGGGCUUAAGGAGGAGUCCAAAGCUCUUGGGACCAUCCAAAUUUUGACUGGCCUGAUGAUUUUGAGCGUGGGCAUCACUUUGGCAUGUGUAUACGAUGCAACCUACUUCAAACCUUCCUGUUCCAAAAUUGUGAAGUCUAGUUACCCAUUUAUUGGUGGGGUGUUGUUUAUCAUUUCUGGAUCACUGUCUGUAGCAUCAGAAAGAAAAAAGACUAAAUCCUUGACCCAAAUCAGCCUGGCUGCCAACGUGAUCAGUGGCAUUGGGGCCACAGCGGGGCUCAUCUUGUUCUCUGUCGUCCUGUCUGAGCUAAGGGAGGAUUUAGCUCAGUGCAUUCACCAAGUCCUCAAUGCACACCAGCUAAGCGACGAAGAAAGACAGGAUGAAGAUCAUUACACUGGCUACCUUCCUUACCAUCCUCCUCCCACUUACUGGGCAUGCGACUUGGUUGGCUCCACUCUCACUGGGACUCUGUCUGUGAUGCUGAUCUUCACUGGUCUGGAGUUAGUCAUUGCUGUGUUUUCGGCUUUUUUUGACUGGAGGAGAUUGUCAAUGGAUUCUAAUGGGAGAAUCCUCUUCCUACCUCAUGGUCGCAAUAUCAAUUCUAGCUUAAGAACAGCUCUUUAUGAUCCUGCCUAUGAAGAACUGGGGGCUUCUACUUAGAAGAUGAUGUGGGUCUCCUCCUGUGGGUUUUGGAAGUCACCAUCACAUGAGAGAGCCAAUGCCCAAGAGAACUGUGAUUCAAGGUCCUGCAAACUUCCAGUUUGGAUGGAGAGUCAGAAUAUGUUUGUUCCUUUUAAAGUAAAUUUCUUUCUUCCACAUGAGUCAUGAACUUCCCAUGCUCAUCCUUGGCCUCAGCCUCAUGGAGGGUUUCCAAGAAAGAAUAUCUCUGUUGAGCGUUUUCCCAGGUUGCAAACUGCCCCUUCCACCCCAGCCUCUACUGCUGUUGUCUUGUGAACCGUGGAUGGCCAGAUAGGGUGAAUUUGGCUGCCACUUCUGGUGAAACAGAGUCAUAUUAUUUCCUUCUCAUGUUCACCCACUGCUGCUCACGGACUUGGGCUAGAAAGCUGAGAUCCCAGUCUCUUGCCAGGGCUGUGAUGUUUCCUCUAUUCACUUUGCCUGUUUCUAUGCCAAAGACAUAAGGCUUUGGAUUAAAUCAGGGUGUGAUUUGCUUGCUAAUA